GGAAGUUGAUAGCGCGCUCCUCAACUCUAUGGAGGUUGAUGAAAUUGCAGAUGAGUUGCAGGUUUUUGGGCUUAGAGUUGAUGAUAAGACCGUUCUUGAAAAAUUGAGUUUGUUAAGCGACAGGUGGGGUCUAAAUGCAACUACACUCGUGGAGAAAUAUGUUGCGUUUCAAAGGAAUACUGAUCUACCUGAUCAUAUUUCAUUAAAAAAUGUCGAACUUUUCGAUAGAGAAACAUCGGCAAAACUUGAUGUCGCUAAAAACCGCACACCUAAAUCACAUGUUCCAAAAUCAGCAAAGAACUUGCUGACCAAGAAUAUGUUACAAGAACUGAUUGUUGCAGAAGCGUGCAGUGAUCAGCAGGAUCUGCUGAGUUCCUAUGGCAUCUCUAAGUCAUCAAUCCCCAAUCCAACUACACGAUUCGAUCCGUCAAAUAAAGGUACCUUCAAAGAAAAUGAGUCUGAAGUUGGACCAUUUAACACUCAGUUGAUAGCGUCUUAUCCUUCAAAAACCGUUGACUUGCUUAUCCCUGGUGGCUUAACUGAUUCAAUCGACUGGACGCCAACUCUGCUGACAGCGGGAACUUAUGGAAAUCGGUACAUGAACCAACACACGAUAGAGAAUGCAGAAAUUCUUGACAACUGGACAUGGGAAACUAUCAAACGUGUUUUGAAUAACGUACCCGAGGAAUCAUUAAUUGAAAGCAAUCACACUAUUCAACAAUCUUCUCAACCUACAAAUCGUGACUCGUUACUGUCAUUGAUCAGUAAAAAUGAAUGCUCUCAACCAACAAAAACUGAAACUUCUUUACUGGAACGUACCAUGGUGCUUAGACCGGUUUUUUCUCGAGUUCAGGCUUCAUCUCUUAUUGCUGGAAGAGUUUGUGCAAAACUAUCAGUACCUGUCAAAGGACCAACUGAACCUUCUCAAGUCAAUGAGAACAGUAAACCUGGUAACGAAACCAAAACUCGACUACACGCAUCAAAUGUUGCACUAGUUGGACUUCGUAGAGUUGAACGUUCAGGUUCUGAAAUUGAUGCCGUUCAUUUGGACUUGGGAUUUUCAAAAGAUCUAUCUUGCUACUCUGUUUAUUCUGGUCAACCACUUUUAAUUCGUGGUGUCAAUCCUACCGGUCAUUCUCUGGGUGCAAUGGAAAUUUUUCAGAUACCAAUUUCAGAACCUCCCUUCAUCAGUCCAGAUAAAUGUUUGGGAAACCUGCGUAUUGUGGUGGCCUGUGGUCCUUACACUCUUUCGAAUUCACAUGAUCCUACAGGUCUUCUUAAUUUGUUGCGUUCCGUCAAACAAUCUAAACCUCAUGUUCUCAUUCUGCUUGGACCGUUUGUUGAUUCAGAGCAUCCUGGUAUUCAGUCUUAUUCUGAAACUACUUACGAAGAAUUAUUCCAAUCUAGAGUGAAUAGUGUCAGUGAAUGGUGCAGUCACUUAUCCAUAAAGUUGAUAGUCGUUUCUUCCUGGAGAGAAUUGCAUCAUGAUCCAGUGUAUCCGACUCCACCCAUCGACAAGUCGUGGACAGAAAAAACACCAGACUUGUUAUCAUCGUACGAAAAAGUUCAAUUCGCUCCUGAUCCAUGUCUUUUUCGAAUUGGCGAAUAUGUUUUUGGUAUAACUUCCGUUGAUGUACUUAAAGAUCUCAGUUGUGAAGAAAUCAACGCUGGUUGCUCAGGCAGUGAUCGAAUUACUCGUUUAUGUCGACAUAUUCUUGCCUCCUCAUCGUUUUACCCUGUACAUCCUCCUGAUGAUGAUUUACCUCUUGAUUAUCCUUUAUGGAGUCAAUAUGCACAGUUCUCAGUCACACCACACUGUUUGAUUUUACCGUCCAAAUUACGUCAGUUUGCUAAGAAUGUAGAUGGUGUAUUAUGCGUUAAUCCUGGACAUGUAUCAAGAGGAGAAGUUUUCGGUAGCUACGCUGAAAUUGUCGUUAAUGCAAAUGAAUUUUCAAAUUUAAAUGAAACUAGUAACGAUGGUAUUGAUUCUUCCAUACCUAAUAAAUUGUCAUCAGAACAUUCAAAUUCCAGUAUAUGUGGUCGUACAUCAGUUUUAAUUAAACGCAUCAGUUCAACUUAAUUCCAAAGAACAAAUCUAUUCUUAAUACAAAAUUUGUAUCUGUUUUAACUUGAUAUUAUUUUUAAAUGCUCGAUGUAAGAUGUUUUUUUUUUUGAUAGAGUAUAUUUUAGUCAGUCGUUUUAUAUAAUCGCUUCAAAUAAUUGUAUGAAUUUUAGCAAUUCUAUGUAAAUAAUGUUCUGCUCUUUCCAUAUAUUCAAGAUAAUUACAAAUUGUUGGAGG